AUGUUUGCAUUUGCAGAUUAUUGUUUUGCAAUUUUAACGUUUGCUUCAAUUUCAAGUGUUGAUCAAUGCUUAGCUAAACGUCCUCAAAUCAAUCGAGAACAUCGAUUUAUUGUCAAAAGAAAUCUAAGAGAGGUUUCAAAAGAUCAAAGACCUGUUACUAAGUAUAUUUUAAUACAUCUUGAUAAAUUCGAUUUGUCUUUUAAUAACAAAAAUGUUUUGGCUUAUUUUGGUAAAUAUGGUUCAAUUUUUCAAUGGAAAAUUCUUGAUAAUGGUCGUACGUUUCUAUUAAAUUUUGAAGACUAUGAUUCAGUGGAUCGUAUUUUUCUUGAUGAACCACAUUUUGUUAAUCAACAUUAUUUAUCUAUUCGAAAAUGUUAUAAUCCAUAUGCACGUGUACUAAAUAAUUCGAUGGAUGAUCGGUUAAAAGAACAAAUACGCAAUCUACAAGCAUCAAUUGAUCGAUCAAAAUAUAAAUACGAAUCUGAACUUAUGAAGUUGAACAAACAGAUAGAAGAAGAAAUUGCUGCAGUAGAAAAUCGUCUUUCAGAUACAAUUAAAUCAUGUAUUCGUCUUGAACGAAUACAGCGUGAUCUCAAGCAAGAUUUAAUGAAUGCUCGUCAGAUUAAUCAACAAUUAAAAAAUAAACUUGAAGAAACUAUAGAGAAAAAGAAAAAAAUUGUUGAUGAAUUUGAAAAUCAACUUGAACAGCAACGAUAUAUUAAUAAAUUAUUAAAUGAUUCUAUUUUGAAUUUCUCUUAA